AUGUCAAGCAGGCAGUUACGGAAGUUGCGACAGCAGCAAGGGCUGGACCGACAAGAAACAUCUCAGGACGAUGUUUCGGACGACGAACCUAUCGCAAAGCCCCGCGCCAACCUCUUUGCCGGUUUUGCCUCUCUUGGCGACGAAGAUGAAGCCGAAGACGAAGACCCAGAGGAUGAGCCCGAGAGCAUAGCUGAGGUCAAUGGACCCCCGCCAGCAACAGCUGACAAAAAGAAGUCCAAGAAAAAGAAGAAAAAGAGGAAGGCCAAGAAGGAGGAGACCGAGGCAGCUGCUCCAGAACCAGAAGUGGAUGAGAUCGAUCGGGCUCUUGAGGAACUCAAGCUGUCAAAAGCAGCUGCUGGUUCCGAUGUGCAAAUGUCGGAGACGACUCAUAAUUAUGAGCGAGAGCUCGCCAACUUGCUCAGCAUCAACAUGACGCAUCUCAAAGUGAUUAACGAGAUGCGCAGCCUCUUUGGCCGCGAUGUCAUUCAGUCAGCCAAUACUGACAGCGACCCGCAAGCAAACCAGCCGCGGCGAAAUACGCGCCAAGCACAGCAAGCCGCGACACUUGAACAGUUUCUCAAAGGCAGGCCGGGGGAGAGCAUAUCAGACGUCCUUCUUCGAGGAAACCCGUUUGUGCAAGGAAAGGAACAUUGGCCAAAAGCAUCGGCUGGAGGCUUGACCAUGGAGAAGGUGGACGACCUCCAGGAUGGCACGACUGAGUACAAGUUCACGCAUGAUUCUACUUAUGCCGCCAUGGAAAGACUAUUCUUCGCUCUUGUGCAAAGGCAUGAUCCCAUGAUGCUCGUCCAGUUCCUAUACAGACACCCUUACCAUGUGUCCUCUUUGAUACAAGUUAGCAAAGUAGCCAAGCAAGACCAAAACUCUGCUCUGGCAGGAGACCUCUGCGAGAGAGCCCUGUUUACAUUUGGGAGAGUCACACUAUCUUCUUUCCGGAACAAGCUAAAGGAAGGUCGUGCAAGACUUAGUUUUCGCCGACCAGAGAACCGGCAGUUUUGGCUAGCCGCGUACAACUAUCUGAAAAGCUUGAUAAUGAAAGGGACAUACCGCACUGCUCUGGAGUGGGCAAAACUAUUCCUAGCGUUGGCUCCUGAGGAUCCUUAUGGAAUUUUGAACUUGAUUCCCUUACUUGCCAUUAGAUCGAGGGAGUCAAAAUGGUUCUCCGACCUUGUGAACCACGGACUAUUCUCUUCUAUCAUGGCACUAAACGUGCCAAACAGGGAGUACAUCAGACAGACCGUGGCACUGGCCAAGUUACAGCUCAAGGACGUUGAUGGAGCGAAAGAAGUCAUCGAAAAUGGUAUUGCCAGACUUCCAUGGCUGUACUGUUCACUCUUCAGUGCCUUGAACAUAGAUGCACCCAAGUCUAUAUGGGCUAUUCAACCAUUGAACCCUACUGAUCAGCUCUACACGGCGCUGCACAUCCACCAGUUCAAGGAUCUAUACAACAAUACGGAGGCCACAUCACUUUUGAAGGAUGUCGCAAACUCAGUACCACGACCUACAGACUUUGAGACUUUACCGGAGUCGGAUGAGGUCAGACAACCGAUUGCCAGGUUCGUGUAUCUCGAUAAUACACCAUCAAUCAUGGCGUUAGUACCGCACACACUGCUCCACGUGACGCCGAACUUUGAUUUCGACCCGAUUCCGCCGCCCGCCGAGGAGAAUGAUUUCUCGAAUGAGGAGCAACACCUACCUUGGCGCAACCAAGGCCCGGAAACAGAGGGCCGCAUGCGAGAUUUCAUCGACGCCCUCCAGGAGCUGGGCAACCCAGGCGCACAGUUAGCCCCCUGGGAUGCCGAGGGCGACGACUCAGCAGACGAAGGGGGUCGCGAGGAGGAGUUGAGAGACCAGGUCGAGGCGAUAAAUGCACUUUUACGGCAAGGGACUGAUGGCGCGCAGAACGUUCCGGCUACAUUCCUGCAAAGGUUGACCGAGCUGUUUCGAGGCGAGCAGCGGCCGACACCAACUCAUGAAAACCCAGAUGCCGAUUACGAAAAUGAAGCAUUCCCCGAGGAGUCGAUGCCUGGGCAGUGGCCUGAUGAUGACUCUGAUGACGAUGACGAGAUGCCGGCCGUCCACCCCUUGUUUGAGGAACCGGAGAGUAGGGGAGGGAACGGGCAAGAUCAAGCCAACCAACGUCCUUGA